GCGGGGGCCGCCUGUGUGGUUGGCUCCGUUCGCACCCCCCAAAGUGGGGGCCCCGCGCCGCGUCUCGCCGGGGAACUGACGCGCCGCCUUUCAGUGCUGGAGGACGGGGCGCGAGAGCUGCCCCGAGGGCGCCGGCCCCAGCGGGGCGCGUGGCGUGGCGUUACGCCCCGCCGUCUCAGCCUGUGGUGGCCCCCCUUGCGCGGGAGGAGGUGGGGUGACAGCCUCCCGCUUCGUCGUGGGUGCCCCGUCUGGCUCCCGUGGGCGGUCGUCAUCCGUCCUUGGGUGUUCACACGGGAAUGCUGUUGGUGUUCGUUUCCCCUUCUUUUUGCCAGGAGUGACACUGGCUGGUCUUGCUGGACUGGAGUGGUGCGAAGCUGCGACGAGGAAGAGAGGAAAGAAUGUGCAGCCUGCCCUCGGACUGAAAGGGACCUCUAAACGUAAGUUGUAUUUUCUGUACUGAAGCUACAUGUUGUUGGAACCGUAGAUGAAUGUUAAGUGCUUGUGGCAUGCAGAAGUGUCACCAAGAGGCUCUGAAAAGGAAUCGCGUGUCCCUGGCGAAACAGCUGGUGCUGAAGGAACUGCUGGAACAUCUAAUAGAAAAAGAUGUGAUCACAAUGGAAAUGGUAGAGAUUAUACAGGCCAAGGAUGGGAGUUUUAGCCAAAAUGUAGAAUUUCUAAACUUACUACCUAAAAGAGGUCCCAAAGCCUUCUUGGCCUUCUGUGAAGCUUUACGGGAAACUAAACAGCAACACUUGGAGGAAAUGCUUCUGAACACCAUCCCCAGCCAGGGCCACAAGACUGCAAAGUUGAAUCAUAGCUAUGAAGAAAGUUUGGUUCCUGUCCCUGAAUCAGGAAUUUUGCCGAAAAGACAACGUUUGAAUAAUGGAGAACAAGUGGAAUAUUCCUUGGAUAACGGAGAUGGACCCCACUAUCCUCCAGUUAAGCCCUGCACCCCGGAAUUCUACCAUGCGCACCAGCAUCUGGCAUACAGGUUGAUAUCGCGCCCAAGAGGCUUGGCACUCAUACUAAGCAACGUGCAUUUCAGAGGUGAGAAGGAUCUAGAGUUCCGUUCUGGUGGGGAUGUGGACCACGCUUCACUACAGAAGCUCUUUGAAUACCUUGGGUACCAGGUGUUUGUGCGGCACAAUCAGACUGCUCAGGAAAUGCAGGAAGAGCUGGAAAUUUUUUCAAAGAAUCCAUCCCACAGAAAUGUAGAUUCUUGCAUAGUCUCGCUUCUUUCACAUGGCAUAGAGGGUGGAGUCUAUGGAGUGGAUGGCAAGCUACUUCAGCUGCAGGAGAUUUUCAGGCUCUUCGAUAAUGCGAACUGCCCAGGACUUCAAAAUAAGCCCAAAAUGUUUUUCAUUCAAGCAUGCCGGGGAGAUGAGACAGACCGGGGAGUGGACCAGAUAGAUGGGAGUGAGCGUGCCGACUCCCCAGGUUGUGAAGAAAGUGAUGCUCAAAUGAAGGAGAGUCCCAAGCUGCGCCUUCCCACGUGCUCUGAUAUGAUCUGUGGCUAUGCCUGUUUGAAAGGCACAGCUGCCAUGCGAAACACUAAGCGUGGAUCAUGGUAUGUAGAGGCACUCACCUCUGUGUUUGCUGAGGAUUCAAGAAAUAUGCAUGUAGCAGACAUGCUGGUGAAGGUGAACAGAUUGAUCAAGCACCGGGAAGGCUAUGCCCCAGGCACAGAGUUCCACCGCUGCAAGGAGAUGUCGGAGUACUGCAGUACUCUCUGCCGUGAUCUUUACCUGUUCCCGGGCUUUUCCCCUACGAACUAACCCUGCCAUCCUUGCUCUAAGGGCAGUAAUGAGGACAGUUUCCUUGGUGGCCCCGAGUCUAUGAAACAGCCCAUCUGGCAGGUGCUCUCCCUCACGGCAUCUUAUAGCAGGUGUCAGGCUCAACUAUUUCAGGAACUGUUUGGCCGAUGAGCCGUUGCUCAUUGCAGCUUCUCUGUUGCGCUUCUGCAGUUUUUAUAUGAGCCGGCUUGAGCCUUGAAAAAGGCAGCCUAUAACUGUGGUAAGUAAACAAGCUGUGGGUUACCAGGCAGGUUUUCUUUCUGCCUGGGAAAGCUUCACUAACGUUGCUGUCUCUGGCAGAAUAUGCUGCCGGUGGGUUCCUGUAACCCACUUCAAGUACUUACACUCUUCGCUUCUGUUUAUGUGCCCAAAGUUGGGAGUGAUGGGCAGCAUCUUAAUGAUGACCAGUUUGUGGGCAUUCGUAACAGAUGUGAAGGGCAAAAAAAUCUUUGUAAAGGUUUUUUAAAAAAGAGAAAAAUGGGGAAAAAAAGGAAAUGUGUAGUUUUUUAAAAAUGUUGUAUAGUUUUAUACAUUUCUAUGCUUUUAAGAAAAGCUUAAUUGUCUGCAGCAGAUGGCAAAAUAGCUGGUUGCCCUAAAAUGGAAGGAAGGGCGUUUGCCUGGGUGUCUGCCGAACUGUUGGCGGUGGUGCAGGAGGAGGCAGUAGCUGAGCAGACGUCCCUCGUUGGCGCUGCUAGCUAGCUCGGAGUGGCCCUAGAGGGGGGCUAGCUAGCUCGGAGUGGCCCUAGAGGGGGGCUAGCUAGCUCGGAGUGGCCCUAGAGGGGGGCUAGCUAGCUCGGAGUGACCCUAGAGGGGGGCUAGCUAGCUCGGUGUGGCCCUAGAGGGGGGCUAGCUAGCUCGGAGUGGCCCUAGAGGGGGGCUAGCUAGCUCGGAGUGACCCUAGAGGGGGGCUAGCUAGCUCGGAGUGGCCCUAGAGGGGGGCUAGCUAGCUCGGAGUGGCCCUAGAGGGGGGCUAGCUGGCAGCACUACAGUCCUUACCAGGGUGCAUUUGAUUUAAAUCGCAUCAGUUUAAAUCACGAUUUAAAUCACUAGUCGGUAAGACUAUAUUUAAAUCAUGGUUUUCUACAUAAAGACUCCCCACACUUAGCUUCUUGUGCAGAUCUAUUCUAUUCCCAACAAUCUUCUAUUCAUUGAAUUUUUUGAAACUUAGCACUUAAGAGGCAAGGGGUUGGUUCUGUGUACAAAGGAAUAAUGGGAUUAAGGUCUUUUUCUCAACUGUGUAUGUUUAUUUUAUAACCUUUUUGCUGUGAAGAAGAGACAUGAUCUCUACAGAUAUAAAUUCACAGUUUUUAGAACUGUAAAGCCAAGCAUCUGUGAUAAUAUCUUCUAGAUAGAAAAAUUGCCCAAUAAUUUUACAGAAGCCUCUGGGAGAGCAUGAUAUUGUGAAUGGAUUAAUGGAAUUCGCUUACCAAAAAAUUUAAACAUUGCAUGAAUAUACAGCCUCAUGCUACAUAAUUAAAAACUAAUCCUUAUUUCAUGAUGAUUUCAUGAUGACUAUAAUGUAUCUUAAAUCAUUUAUCUAACUAUCAUUAGAUAAAUUUUCCCUCAAAAGUCAUUUUAUUAAAAUAACCAAUUUAAAUUUUAAAAAUCUGAUUUUUAAUUUUUUUUAAGAAAAACCAUUGAUUUUUAUCCACCUUGGGGCUUACUCAACCUGUCCUGCUUCUAGGCCAUUUCAAUUUCCCACUUUGCCCUUGCACCCAGCUCAGAAUCUCACCCUUGUUACUUUCGCAGCAAACCCUAGUACGUUACAUCCAAACCGAAACUGUUACUUAUUUUCGUCCCUUGGAAUGGCAGUUAGAAAGUGGAAAUGCUCUUUGAGCAGUGCUGAAGGGGGGUGGGGCAGGGAGAGUAUGGGAGGUUGAAGUUCCCCAGGCUUGUUCCUAUAUGGACAAACUGUAUCAUGGGGGAAAGAAUCUUAGUCAAGUAAUCAAGAAUGCAUCUGUAUUCUGUACAAGACUUACUGACUAUAUCAAAAUCAGUUUUGUUUCAGCUCCAGAGUGAUGGUUUCUUGAAUUACUAAUGUUAGCCUGGCGUGGCAGGCUGUACGGUGUGCACAUUUGCAGUUUUAUUUAAGGAGUGGCCGCCAGCCCCCUGUGGUGCGUGCUCGUGCUCUUUACCCGUCGCCCUUCCCUGUCUCUGCUGGUUCCUGUGCUCUCCCCCCCCCCCCCCAAGCCCCUCAUGCAUUAUCUGGAGUACUUGACUAAAACCCUCUGGGACUCUGAUCUUUUUUCUGCUGGCAGCUGCAAAAAAUUAGAUGAUUAUUUUCCAGAAGUAAUUUUACAGUCUUGCUUUUUGUAAGGUAGGAUUGAUUGUGCGUGCGGACGGACUGCUUCCCCCUGAGUACGAAGGCAUUUGUAGGUGCAGUUCUUUUCCGAUGGGAUAAUUGCUGCUAGCCUUAAGGCCAAUUUAGGGGUUAUCUUGUGACACGAACCCUGGCUGAACUGUCCGUUUUGCAGACAGACAUGACGUUGGGCCACUAAUGUUCCCAAGUGCACGAAGACCUGGUUUGGCUUUGAGGUGUGGUGCGCUGAGGAGGGGCUUCAGCCUUGGCUCCCAAACAGCUUAGGAGGCUGGCUUCGCUCUACUAUUGGGCUUCAUAGGCCCUGACCGCAGUGCGUGGAACCCCGACCCGUGUAACAGAUAUCCUCUAGUUCAGCCUUUAGUUGAGGGGUGUAAAGCAGAACGCUGGGCUAUGGCUGUGACCCACUGGAAUGGCCCCCAGUGGGCGCAGGCUUGGCAGUGCGCUCAACACUGUUAGCUUUCCAGUUAACAUGCGUUCUGUGCUUCUCUGCUUUUGUGAUUUUACUGUGAUUUUAAAAUACUGCUACUUACAAACCAUGUAUCCUGUAAAACCAUGGAGAAUUAACAGCUUCACCUGACAUACCGUGUAAGUCGCUGGGGGGAGGGGUGGGGAGUUCAUCAUGAUGUAACAAAAUUAUCAGAGCAGUUUUAAAUUUGUAGUUCAGUAACCAGAGGGCAAAAUGUCAGUCUGUUUCUUUCUGUUCAUAUAAAAGUGUGCCCCAGUGAUGAAAAUACAGGUGCCUAUUAAUUCCUGGUGCCUAAAGAAUCAGGACUGUGCUUACGUGGGCUGCUGCAGAGGCCGAGGAGCUUGCUUCCCCCCCCCCCUUUUCUAAAUAUUGUUGCACCUUUGGGGUUUUUGUUCUCUGGUCUGUGUUUUGCAUUACUGUCCCCUAAUAAGCCUGCAGCCAAGCACCAAGUCCUUGAAUGGAACGGGGUGCCCUUUCAUUCUGAUUCUUCUACCCAAGAUUUUGUUUUAUAAUUUUAAAAUAAAUAUGAUUAAGAAAACCGAAAGGUAGAGCCAUCUGGGAGGAAACCAGAAUUCUUGACAAUUAUGUUUUUUGCAUUGCCUGAUUGGAUAUAAAGGUGGUUUCACCAUAAAAACUGACCUGUGUUCCAAAGCUGGCAAGGAGCAAAGCCCAUUUCAGGGCUAGUGGGCAGCUUAAUAUUGAGUUCAGGAUGCCAGUUAGGAGUUCGUAUUUCUUGGCAAAAGGAGAAGCGGCGUGCAUCCUUUGUUCUCCGCAGAUUGGUGCUUGAUGUUUGUGUCAAUGCAGCUGUCUCCUCCUCUGUUUGGAAAAGGGGAGCCCAUGUUUUUAUCACUGCCAUUUUUGAUAAUAAACAUUUGUAUAUGAAUUGCCUCCAGGGGCAAAAAUAAAAGUGAUUUCGUUUCUAA